AUGGAAUGGGGAAAAAACGAGAAAAAACGAGAAAAAAAGAGCGAAAACGAACGAAAACAUCGAAAAAUAUUGAAAAAAUAA